GCGUCGAUUCGAUUCUUCCUGGCAGAGUCUACAUUGGUCUGUAACAUCGGCUCCCGCCUCUCCAUUGCARAACCACUCACACACAACGCUGUUGUGCUAACGCCCUGUCACUUACGCUUAACAAAGGCAGUUUCCACUCGCCAAUAACAUCGCUGUACAAUCUGCAAAACAUCUGUACUACGAAUUCUGUCUAGUUGGUAUUGGCAAUCCCGAUUGCCAUCACCAGCAUCUCGAAUAACAAUUUCAUUGAAGCAACCGAGGUACUUCCGACUCAAUCGAUCAUCACUAGUACGGAACGGUAAACAUUAGCGCGAAAGCACAUCAUCGCAAACACUGGGAAAUGGUGAAGGAUAACAAGACGGGGAGAGUCAGCAACCUUGGGCGAACGGUGAUUCCGACUCCGGCGCUUUCUUUGUCCUCUAGAAAAAGGACGAGAAAAGCCUUAUCCGAAUUGAAACUAGUAGGAAUGAUUCAAAUUAUGGUCGUAGCAUUGGCUUUGCCGUCCUUCGUUUCGAAACGAAUACCCUUCGCGACGGGCUUGCUGACGACAAGAUCGAUCUCGCCAUCGACAGCAACCAAAGCACGAAUCGGCAGAACAUCGACAGAAGCCUUGCAGCUAGCUGUAGACUCGCGGGAACUCAGAUUUUUUAGCAGUGGCAGCAGGAACAGCAGCAACAAUGUUCUUGGGGAUUACGUUGCAAACCAGGAAUGGAUGGUAGCAACCGCGACAUCGGGAAGAACCUCCCAGCAACAAAACGUUUUGGCGCUAGCGGAAAGCGGCCUGGAAGACGCCGUCUCGGGCAUCGAAAGCCAAUACAACAGCAAUAAAAACUUUGAUCCCACCAACAGCGACAGUAGCAGCAAUGCGAAUGGGGAAAACUUGGAUAACAAAGCCGCUGUUCCCACAGGAAUCGAAGACAAGCUAUCUCCUUUUUAUUUCCAGAGCAAGAAAAAUCCACCGAAACGAGGUUACGGGCCGUACAUCAACCUUUCUCCAGAAGAACGAGAGCUGUUCCGAUUGCUCCGAAGGGCCAAGGACGACGGGAAGCUUUCCACAACGCUGCGAGUCGCAGGCGGGUGGGUUCGUGACAAGCUCUUGGCCACGCCCGAGUUCAGCCGUUCUGGUUCGGAUUUCAAGCGACCCACGAGACGAACGCCCCAGAGAUUGACCUCGAAAUACAGGGCGCCAUCGUCGUUGUCAGUGUCGACAUCGUCACUGACAACCACGGUGCCCUCGGCGGGCCGCCAGGGAUCCAAGGUUAUUGGAGGUGGAAAAGCCAAAAAGAAUGGAGGAAAGAAUGAUCCCACCCUGCUCCGUUUCCAACAACAGGCACCUGUAGAUAUCGAUAUCGCACUCGAUGACAUGCUCGGACGUGAGUUUGCAGAGCACCUGAACAAAUACUUGACCGAAAUGGGCGAAAAAACACACGGCGUUGGCGUCGUCUUGAAAAAUCCCGAGAAAAGCAAGCACCUCGAAACGGCAACCAUGAAGGUCGGAACCUUUUGGAUUGACUUCGUCAACCUGCGAGCCGAAGAGUACACCGAAGACAGCCGCAUUCCCGACCUUAUGAGGAUUGGAUCUCCGGCAGAAGAUGCGUUUCGAAGAGACCUUACCAUCAACAGUCUUUUUUACAACGUCAACAACGGGCAAGUCGAGGAUUGGACGGGCCGCGGGUUCAACGACCUCAGGCGCUGCGUCAUUGCAACGCCCCUAGCCCCCCUCACAACUCUUCUGGACGACCCUCUGCGAACGCUUCGAUCGGUACGAUUCGCCGCCCGCCUGCACUUUACGAUGGACGAAUCGCUGAAGGAGGCAGCCAUGGACGAUCGAGUUCGCAAGGCCCUCGCCGAGAAGGUCUCUCGUGAACGGAUUGGAUGCGAGGUCGAUCUCAUGCUUCGAUCCCCCGAUCCUGUUGGAGCAAUGCGCCUCCUGAUCAACCUCAAGCUUGCCAAGACCGUGUUUCCGAUCGAAAAACACGUAGGCGAUGCCAGAGACGGUGAGAACGGAGACUUAUUGGAACGAGGUUUGCGAUUGCUCUCCGUCACCUACGAUCAACUGGAAGAAAGCAAAUUAUACACACCUGUUUGGUGUGACAAGUCCUAUCGGGGUUCGUAUACGACGCACGGAGCCGAGGACGUUGCUCUUAUCGAGAAUGUCGAGGCAUUGCGAUACAUGUGGUACGCGUCGUUCCUCAAACCCUUUUAUGACCAUUCUUUGGUCCCGGGGGCGCCAGACACGAAGAAGAAGACAAGAAAGCUAAAUCGUUCUGUAGUCUCCAAGCUGUUGGUGGAUGACCUAAAACGGCCGACAAGAGAAGCAGAAGCUGUGGAGAAAAUCAUGAAAGGCGCCAACGGAUUCAAGGCGCUGAUGGACAGCGGUUGCGACUAUUCGGCAAUGUCUAUUUUGCUGAGCGACAUUCGGGUGCACGGUGAAACAGUCAUAAACGACGGGAACGACGAAACCAAGCUGAGGUGUUCCAUGAACGGCCAGAAGGUUUUCACUGCGACAGAAAAUGAUCCUGUCUGGCAGCAUGCAAUGGAGUUCCGCCUGUCAUGCUCUAAGGUGAUUCGCAAGGUCGGGCCCUUGUGGAGAGCGGCUCUCUUCCUUGCCAUGUCCGAGCACAUCACAGAAGCCCUCAAUGGCGACCCCGAGUUUGUCAUCGAAGGAGACUUUGUGGAUGAAUCACAGGAAGACCUGAGGCAGAGAGAAAUCGAACGCUACGACACAUUUGCUACGGCCAUGCAGCGAAUAGGACUGGUUGGGAUCUGGGGACAAAAGCCAUUGUUAGAUGGAGGCGAUGUCAAGAAAGUAUUGCCCAACGUCCCGCACGGACCUGUGUUUCGAGACAUUAUGGAAGAACAGGAAAAGUGGUCGACGCUUCACCCUUGUGCCAGUGCCGACAUUUUGGCUAGACAUCUUGCGCAGACCUUUCCUGACUACGUAUAAACAUCAACGAAAUGAUUCGAGACGGAGAGCGAAGAAGGGAUGAUCGAAAUCGAUCGAAAGAAAGUUGCAUGAACCGUAAUAGAUAGAAUAAGACCGUCCUCGCUUAAUUAACUAUUGUAAAUUUA